AUCGCCAUUCUAGAGUGAGCUAAUUGGAAGGACAAAUCUAACCUAUGGUAGAUAAGAAGGUUCCUCUCUUCCCACACCCGAGAAAAAGGUGAAUGUGAAAAUGUGAAAUUUGUCAGAAAUGCCCCUGAGAGUGAUGUUCACAGAACAUUUAUUCAGAUGAAUAUCACUUCCUUGCUAAUAAUGGUUAAAAGUGGCACAAGAGAUUCUGUGCAGGGAAAGAAAUAAUUAUUUGUCAGACAUACGGUGCGAGUGCCACUGUUCUAUUUAAAGAAAGUAAUUGUAAUGAUAAUAAAGAGUAACUAGCAGUAACAGAACUCAUGGAAAGUCUCACAUGGUGGAUUAUAGGAGUGAAAAAACAACUGAAUCAAAUCUUCUACGAAGGUGUUAAAGGAAGUCUGAAGUUAAUUGCUAUUUCCAAAUAAUUAGUAUGUUUUGCGUACAUUUUACACUGACAUGAAGUGUUGAAACUUUUUCUGUAAGAUCCUGUAAGGGAUGUGAGGGCGAGUCAGAGUAGGAGGAGGAGGUGACAGUGCCAUUUGCCUGGAGGGUGCCCAUAAACCUGGAGAGGGAGAGAGAGUGCACCAUUCCACACAGGUGACUGUACCAUGUGACUUCAAGAGCUUUAAAAAGCAGGCCAGCCUGUCUUCUUGAGGUACAAGUAAUCACAAGGCACCAGAGGUGUCAGAGGAGGAGAAUACCUGGGCUGUCGGCACAGCGGCAGAUACCGACAGCCCAACAAACACGCCGAGGAGCGUUCAACAGGUGUGUUCAGUAGCGGCAACAGCCUGCAAACAGUGUUCCACGCAGACUGCAUUUACACAGCUUCGAUUCUUCACUACAACAGCAAAGUACGAAGACUCGUCUAGUGUCCACGUUAUUGACACAAUGAGCUGCAGCAGUGUCGCAGGAUCAGAGUUCUCUGAGGAGGAGCUGGACCUUGGCAUGUUGGACCAAGGGGAGGACGAAGGCAGUCCCAAGGCGUCUUUCCAAGACAGUGAGAGCUCAACCAGCACCCCAAGUGACCCAGAGGAAGGCCAGACCAAGAAGCGCAAUCGACCCGUCCGCUCAAAAGCUCGAAGAAUGGCUGCCAAUGUCCGUGAGCGAAAACGCAUCAUGGACUACAACCAGGCCUUCAAUGCCCUACGUGUUGCUCUGAACCAUGACCUCAGUGGCAAAAGGCUCUCCAAGAUUGCCACACUACAGAGGGCAAUCAACCGCAUCUCUGCUCUUUCAGUAUUCCUGAACUCCAACCCCCCCAACAAGCCCUGUACCCAUCGAGAAUGCAACAGGUCAUCUGUGGGGCCGGUCACAGUGGGAACAUCUCGCCUUGAGCAGACCAGGGUAACAGUUCCUCGUCUGGAGCACCAGAGUUACAUCCCUUGGCACGCGUCCAUCUCUCACCAGUUGCAGCCACAACAAGGAUCUCAUAUGCACAGGCUGCCAACGGAGUCACACGUCUACAUCGAUAACACUGUGACAUCAUGUCCCCCAUCACCACACUACCCUUGUUAUCCGACUGAGGGACAGCUUUAUGCCUCACACGGACACUGUGGCAGCCCACAUGACCAUCCGCCCAGUCCACUGAGAUACCCACAGGUGGGUGAGGGGUUGGGAUACCAGCCAGGGAUGUGGGCCUCCUGCACUCAGAGAUACAUGGACACUUUUGUGGAGCCUACUUCAGCUCUGGGGCUUCCCUGGCAGGUGAGCUACCUGCAGGAGCCAGAGCAUAACCUCACUCUGUGCUCUGACAUACUGUAACAGGGUGCAACCACCACUGUGAGCCCUGAAGACUGCUGUUAAUGGUGGUGAACAUGACCUCAGGGGGACAAAUGUUUAUGUGUUUCUGUUGUUGCAAUCAACUCAGUAUUACAGUAAAACUUUUACUUUAGACCAGAGUCAUCAUAAUGUUAUUAACAGAUAUAUAAAAAAGUGCAAUGGCAAUCAAGACUACAGAAUGUUGUAAAAGAUUGUUUCACGGACUACUGUAAAUAAGUCACCUGCACAAAUGUGUUGUAGUUGCUCAAUUGUCAUCUUUUGGCCUCAUGCAAAAGCAGAAAUAUUGGAAAUGAUGUUACAUUACUAAUUGUGUGGUAUGUAAAGGAAACACUAACACUUGCAACUGAUUAAGACCACAAUUGGUAGACUGGGACAGCUUACACAUGUGCUACACUGUUUUGUAACUAGCGCUUAAUCUGUGUUUUCUUCAAGAAAUGUUUAGUGCAUCUUAUGGAAAAACCCAAAGUUGAGGAUUUGUUCAUGUAUUUAUUCUUUGUAUUUCAUAAAAAAGACAUGGGUGUUUGUAAAGGAUGUGUCUAAACUUCAAAAUUAAAUGUUAAAAUUACAUGCUUCUUAUUAUGCAUCCUUUCAUAGAAAAAAUGCCUCGGUUCACACGUUACAAAUGGUGUGUGCUUGAGUGUGUCUUUGCAUGCAUGCAUGUUUUUGUGUG